CAGGUCUCCCAGCUGGUAGCAGGGAGCAGAUGUCUUUGGUCUCUAAGCUGAUAAUAGACUCAGAAGAAUAAGCUGGUCAGGUGUUGGGCAUUAGCCUCAAAGCUCCGGGUAAUCAGUGGUGGGGCCAUAGGGGAGGGCUGGGAGAGGGUGAGGAUGAGGGAGGAAGGGCAAAGGUGGAGAUAUGCUUUGUGGGGCACUUGGCAGCCCCUAAGCCCCCACUGUGUGUAUUUGAGCCUGUGCAGGGCUGGGGUCUGGCCAGUGGGGGCAAAGGGAGCAUCCCCUGUGGGUGGUGGAACAGGUUCCCCUGAGUGUAGGAGGGGAUGGAGAGGAUGGGAGCCAGGGUAAGGGGACUACGGGGGGCCAGGAGGCAGCUGGGGUGGCUCUUGGCCAUUGAGGCUGUGAGAAGCAGAGGUGGUUCAUCAUUUCCUUCAUCCUUGCACUAAGAGCUGUGGGCUCGGGAAGGGCAUUUGGCUCUCACUUGGCCCAUGCAAAGCACUGAAGCUGAGGACAGAGCUCGGGAGGCCCCGAGGAAGUGCAAGGAGGAGGAGGUGGAGGGGGAUUCCCAGCACCAGGGACCCUCCCAGUGCUGGGAAGUGAGAGUUUCCUGCCCUUGUCCAUGGCCUCUCCUGCUCUUCUCUGGGGAUGGGAAAGGCCGUUAGCGAAGCACGAGGAGGGACACGCAGUCCCAGCACAUGGAGCCAAGCAGAAACUGAUGGCUGCACCCAGCAUGAGCUGAGCAAGGUGGGGAUGUGGGGCCAUCCACGGAGGCCAAGCUGGCAGUGGAAGCACCACCCUGGGGCUAGAUCUCCUCCUGCCAGUCCAUAAAGGAGCCAACCUUUAGCACCAUCCUGGAAAUGCUGCCCUGCUGCCUCCAGCCCCAUUUGGUUUUGGCCCCGUGAAGAAGCCGUGCCCCCUUGACAGGGCUGGUUGGAGUCAGGGGGUAAGUACGGAUGUGCAGGGUGGAUGCAGGUGGGAACUGGGCUCACAGCACCCCAGCACCUUCCAGGUUCCACCUGCGUGCCCCCACCCCUCUCCGCAGGCCCCUCCGUGACCCCAAGCCUUUGCCGCUAUGGGGGGACAAGAUGGCGGCCCCCGGCCUGCUAAGCCCUCUCCUCACGGGGCUGUGGGCGGCAGAGCCAACGGAGCGGGGAGAGGUGACAACCCACGAGGCAUCCGCAAGGCACUGCGUCAGCACCGCCGCGAGCUUCAAAACCCGGCGUCUGAGCGGCUGGGGAGGAAGUGGGCUCCGGUCCCGGCACCAUGACGGAGCCGCUGCAGCCCUGCGACAUCCCAGCGGCCCGGCAGGGCCUGCGAGACAACCACAGCAACCUGCAGCGCGUGGCCGAGUACUGCGAGAGCAACUACCUGCAGGCGAGCGACAAGCGGAAGGCGCUGGAGGAGACGAUGGCAUUCAGCACGCAGUCCCUGGCCAGUGUGGCCUACCAGGUCAGCAGCCUGGCCACCACCUUCCUGCAGCUUCUGGACCUGCAGGCGGCCGAGCUGCAGAAGCUGGAAGCCAACGUCAGCUGCGUGGCCCAGAGUGUUGACAUGCACAAGGAGAAAGUGUCUCGCCGGGAGAUCGGCUCCCUGACCGUCAGCAAGAGGUUCCCAGCCCACCAGAAGAUCAUAUCCCCCCCCAACCCACCCUUCCUGGAGCCCUACUACAGGAAACCCCUCAACUUCAGCAUCCUGGAUGACGUUGGCCACGGCAUAAAGGACCACAGCACCCAGCUGUCCCGCACGGGCACCCUGUCUCGGAAAGGGAUCAAGAUAGCCACGCAGUCUGCAGGCACCAUGGGGAGGAGCACCCGUGUCCCUGAGCCCAUCCAGCCGCCCAUGAUUCCCGAGGGAAAACUCUCUGCAGCUUCAUCCGCCUCCUCGCUGACAUCGCUCAGCACCCCCACCUCUCCCCGGGGACCUGCUCCCACCGCCGCCGGGGGACCUGGCCGUGCCCCCACCAGACACCAGCCUUCCAGCCCCCGACGACCUCGAGCCACCGCUGCCACCACCACCGGUGCUGCCCAACUUGGAGGAUUUCACCCCCCUCCCACCACCACCAGCUGCAGAGGAGCACCCCUGUGUCCCCGAGAGCUACCUGGACAAAGUGGUGACCCUCUACCCGUACACACGGCAGAAGGACAACGAGCUCUCCUUCGAGCCCGGGGCUCUCAUCUACGUCACGCGGAGGUACUCCGACGGAUGGUGCGAAGGCAUCCUGGGCGAGGAAGCGGGUUUCUUCCCUGGCAAUUACGUGGAGCCCUUCUGAGCACCAGGGGUUCCCCAGCCCCUCAUCGCCCACCCAGCUCAGCUGCGUCCAGGAGGCGAGGGCUCCACUUUGCCUUCGACUCUUGGCUUCGCCCAGCUGGUGUUUUGCACGGCUCAGCCCUUUUGCUGCAGCCACGCCAUGGCCCCGUGCCAGAUGCUGCUGCCUGCACCCCACACAUCCCCCCUGCCUGCUCCCUGCACCUCUCUCACUCUUUAUUAUUAUUUUUUUUAAUGACACCAGCAAUUGCUGCUGCUGCUGCUGUGGUUUAGCACUGAGGCAACUCCCCUGUCCCUCCUGCUGUUGCAGAGGGCAGCAAGCUCUGAAAUCCCUUGGGCUGGCCCUGGUGAUGCUCCUGACCCCCCCUAGGAGAACUGAUGGGAGAGCAGGACCAGAGCUCAGAAAUCACAAACGAGCACGGGAGCAAGGAGGAGAGCAACUCUGGGGCGAUAACCACAGAGGAACUGCUCACUGUCCCCAGCUGCUACAGGUGGGGAGAGAGGAGGAUGAGCCAGGCCCGGAUCCUGCACCAAAGGGGAUCCUGUGUAGGGUCAGGCCCAAUCUGUAACCCAACCCCUUUCUGCUGCUCCCCUGGUCAGCCCCCAAGGCUGUCUGCCUCCUCCUGCAGCCUGAGAAAGAGAAACACCAUGGGCGUGCACCUCAGAGCCACUUCACACUCAGGUUUAUGUUCUGGAUACAAAUAACUUGUGCAUCUGUAAUAUAUAGAUAUAUAUCUAUAUACAUAUAUAUGCUUUUUUUUUUUUUUUAAAUUCCAUGGCUUUAAGUUCCACACAGUUGAACAGUGUCCAGAAAAGGAAGAACAAAGAAAGGGGAGAGAAAUGAAAUAAAGGAGGAUCAACUCAGGGCUACUUUGGUUA